CUGUCGACUAACCUCAAAGCUCAAAACACUAUCUUGAAUCUAGCCUCUUUCAUCUUCCGACUUUCCAAUGAGUUGACAUAUUAAUUUAACUUUUAUAGAUAUUUGAACGUGUCACUGCACUCAGUUCAGUUGUCAGCUGCACAGUUCAUGUACGAGUACGAUAAGUUUAUCAUCUAUUCUCAUUUCAUUGCAGAUUACGUCUACGUUCACUUGAUUCGGAAAUAUUUACUUUUCUGAUAGAUAAUAAUAGAUUGAAUUUAACAGUGAUAGUGAUUAGAUCUAAAGCAAUUCGUGGUUAACUUCCUGAAGAUUGGUGACAAUGGCAGAUACAAAAGAAGCAAAGCCAUUCGAUUUAAAUGCUCUUACUGCGCAUGUUGAUGCAAACAAAGAUGCGUACAUCAAGCUCCUUGGAGAGGCAAUCAACAUCCCAUCUGUGUCAUCUUCAAAGGAGCACCGCAGCCAAGUCAUCUACAUGGUAAAAUGGAUGGCCAACCUGCUCAGAGAAUCUGGUUUCAGCGCUGAGUUAUUCGAGUUGGGAGAUGAGACAUUCCCCGAUGGCUCGAAAACAGUGCUGCCACCUGUGAUCCUCGGUCACCUGGGCAAAGACCCGAACAAGAAGACGCUGCUGAUCUACGGUCACCUGGACGUGCAGCCGGCGCACAAGGAGGACGGCUGGGCGACCGAGCCCUUCGAAAUGGUGCACAAGGACGGUCGCCUCUUCGGCCGCGGCGCCAGCGACGACAAAGGGCCCGUUCUGGGAUGGCUGCAUGCCAUACAGGCCUACCAAGCGCUGCACAUGGAACUGCCCGUUAAUAUCAAGUGUGUAUUCGAAGGCAUGGAAGAGAGCGGCAGUAAAGGUCUGGAUGAACUGCUGAUUAAGCAGAAAGAGUUCCUAGACGAUGUGGACUAUGUUUGCAUAUCGGACAACUAUUGGCUGGGCACCACCAAACCGUGCGUCACUUAUGGGCUGCGGGGAGUGUGCUAUUUCUUCAUAGAAGUGCAAUGCGCCGCCAAGGAUCUGCACAGCGGAUUGUAUGGUGGAUCUGUUCACGAAGCCAUGAGCGACAUGGUAUAUCUGUUGAACUCAUUGGUGUCUGUUGACGGGAGAAUAGCAAUACCUGGUAUUAUGGAUGACGUGGAACCGCUUUUCAAAAACGAAAAACUUGUCUACAGUGAUAUUGAAUUUAAUAUCGAUGAAUAUCGUCAGAUGAUCGGCUGUAAGAAACUGAUUCACGAAGAUAAGGUGAAAACGCUGAUGAGCAGAUGGCGAUACCCGAGUUUGUCGAUCCACGGCAUAGAGGGCGCUUUCCACGACCCGGGCCAGAAGACGGUGAUUCCGCGCAAAGUGAUCGGCAAGUUCUCGAUCCGGAUCGUGCCAGACCAGAAGCCUCAACACAUUGCCAAGCAGACUGUCGAAUUCCUCGAUGCUCAGUGGAAGGCACGCAACAGUCCCAACACUUACAAGGCAUACAUGGUUGACGGGGGAAACCACUGGAAGGCUCCUCUCGACAAUUUCAAUGUGAAAGCAGCUGCCAAAGCCAUAAAAAACGUUUACAAUGUUGAGCCGGACUUUACAAGAGAGGGUGGCAGUAUUCCCAUUACUUUAUUGUUUCAGGAAUUGACUGGAAAAAGUGUGAUUCUUCUGCCAAUGGGAGCAGGCGACGAUGGAGCUCAUUCACAAAAUGAGAAAAUUGAUGUCCGCAACUAUAUCGAAGGGACCAAAGUAUUCUGCAGCUACUUGCACGAAAUCGCCCAGGAAGGAAAGUAGAAAUAUGAAUUCAUAUUCUGUGGAAUUAAUUUUAUGAAAACAUAAAUUAUGUGAUAAUGCUAGACUUGUUGGAUAAAUGUAUCGUACAUUUUUAAUUUUUUACUUAUACUGCAACGUACAUCUAAAAAUUGUAGAUGUACAAUAUCAAUAAAACAAUAAAUAUCAUGACAUUGUGUAUUUUGCCAAAGAUUGAAAAAAUCAAAUUAUUCUUAGUUCCAAGUUUGAAACUUUCCUACAAAGUAGGAAUGAAUAUUUAUGAUAUAACAAAAUAAAAUGAUUUAUCGUUUGAAUUUUGUAA